AUGUGGGGUCGCGGGGUGUGGGUGUGCAUCGUGGCGGGCGGGGGGGGGGGAGGGGGCACCGCGUGCACUGGCCUAUAUGCAGUGCGACGACACCCGCCCGGGAGCGAUGCACUCCAACGAGCGACUUCGAAUAUAGCCGGGAAGGCCGAGGGCGAUGAACUCCGCUUGACCCAGAUCCGUCUACCGCCCCCCCCUCCCCCCGCCGCCCAGGCACCCGCACCCCGCUCACACCCGCUCACAACCGCGAUACGUCUCUACGUUCGACUCGCAGGAAAGUGA